AUGAGCUUCAGUGCCUUUCUUCAUUGCGAUGGGAUCGAGUCCGACACCAGUAAGGCUUCCAGAGGAACACUGUACAUUGUUGACAAACGGGGCCAGGCAUUUUCGUGCAUCAUUCUUGGCCCCCUCGAUACCAUAAAGGAAAGCAAAAAGGGUGUGAAUGCUUUCGCAAUCGUAGGAGAAGGGGGCGGCAAGACAGUUCUGCAGGCCCCGAGUAGUGUUGCCAAGACGUGUUGGGUACGCGUCCUCACAUAUGUUAUUCAUGGGGAUUACAGCGGUAUCGCUUCUGUCCCACAGCCCCCACCUACAGAAAACUCAUCUGCGGCUGUUUUACCCGAGAAGCAUGGGUCCAGGAAAGACGGCAGUGCAUCUAUGAAGGGUGUGUUGCUCAAAAAAGGAGGUCGCACUGGUCAAUACGUCAAGAGGUGGUUCGAGCUCAUACCAGGCGAAGGACUUUUGCACGCGCCUGAUGAAAAGUUCACACAUGAUUCAUUGCGGCGAGUUCCCUUAGUGGGUCUCUCGGUAACGUUUUCAGAAGCCAAGCGGCAGAUUGUUGUUCCCCCGUCCACUGCGCGGCCGCAGGGAAUGGUACUGCGAUGCCAAAGGGCAGAGGAUUUUUUGCAGUGGCGCAACGCCAUCUGUACGGAAAGUUCGGGUCUUUCCCUAACGAGGCCCGUUGGGCAUGUGGUGUCGGUGGCCGCCGUGCCUCCAGAAAACAAGGUGGGAAUACGCCCGCCGCCUGCCGGCGAUGAUGAUGGCAGUCUUCACUCCUCUGAAGCAAGUGCGCCGAGCGCUUCGGUUUCUUUCGCCGAAUGUGCACUUGAUGGGACGGUAAGGGAGAAUGUGGUGGGCGCCGACGCAGUCGUUCUCACGGCACAAGAGCUGGUGGAACUAGAGGAUCUGCAGCGUGACACGCCGUGCGGCUGCGCCUCGGUGGUGGAUGCAACGUUGGAGUCACUGGGGGAGAAGUAUACGCCGUUAAAGAAUACGCCUGGUGUCGACGAGGAACUGCAACGCUACUACGCCGAGUGCCUCCCGUAUGGGCUGGAAGCAGCGCUUCAACGGCUGCGGCAGCGCCUCCUCCUCCCCAUCAGGGAGCCGUAUGAGGCAGUGAAUGAGCAUAUGGUGUUACUUGACCUGGAUGUCGAGCGCGUACGCGAGUGUCUCAGGAACACACUUCGCCUGUAUGGCGAGGAGGUGGCAGUGCGAAGCGCUGUGGAGGAAAUGGACUACAUCUUGCGCGUCUAUACACGCGUGCGUGAACAGUUGCUCAUUCGUCUGGAUAUCGCCGCGUUCCGUGAGCAGCCCAAUCAGUGUGGACUGCCGCUCGGCGUCAAUGGCACCGUGGAUGCACUCGACACGCUUCUGCCCGUCAGAUUUCCCUCUGCAGCAACGUACACUGAGGCUGUUGGCACGUGGAAGGGCUUGUUCCGCGCGUUGCACACGUUCCGAUUAGAUUUUGAUUUGUUUGAUGAAAGCGAGGAAACUAUCGUGGUGGUGGAAAAUGCACUAAAGAAGUUAUACGAUUGGUUGCAGCAAAACACUCCAGAGUCUGAGGAAGGGAAGGAGGACUUGCGGUAG